AUUAAUAAAAAUGUUAUAACCUCAAAUACUCCUGACUACUUUAAUUUUGCAAGAUUAUAGUGUAAUUUUACGUAGCAAUGUCCUACAAUCAUAGUGGAAUGCCAGAUCAACAAUUUCUUUGGGAUGUAUUUCAAAGAGUGGACAAAGAUAGCAGUGGUCAUAUAUCGGCAGAUGAGCUACAAGUGGCCCUUUCGAAUGGUACAUGGUCCGCAUUUAAUCCGGAAACUAUCCGUUUGAUGAUUGGAAUGUUUGAUCGUGAAAAUAGAGGGACCGUGUCCUUUCAAGAUUUUGGAGCUUUGUGGAAGUAUGUGACGGAUUGGCAAAACUGUUUUCGAUCCUUUGAUCGUGACAACUCUGGAAACAUUGACAAAACUGAGCUGAAAACAGCACUGACAUCAUUUGGUUAUCGUUUAUCUGACCACCUAAUCGACGUUUUACUUCGAAAAUUUGACCGCUUUGGACGUGGUACAAUUCUUUUCGAUGAUUUUAUUCAAUGUUGUAUUGUACUAUACACGUUAACAACUGCAUUCCGCCAGCACGACACUGACAUGGAUGGGAUAAUAACCAUACAUUACGAACAGUUUUUAAGUAUGGUAUUUUCGUUAAAAAUAUAGUAUUAAGUAAUCUAAGCUAAAUAAAUAUGUUUAUUUGUUUGACCGACUAAAA